AUGCAGCGCUUAGAUGAUUCUGAACUAUCAAAACCUCCAUCGGAAGUUUUAGAAAUCAUUUGCAAAUUAGGAAAAGGUUCUUAUGGUAGCGUUUACAAAGCCAGAUAUAAAGCAAAUGGUGGGAUAGUUGCUGUAAAGAAGGUGCCUGUUGACAGUGACUUAGCCGAUAUAGUAAAAGAAAUAUCAAUUAUGCAGCAGUGUGAUAGUCCAUUCAUUGUAAAAUGCUAUGGUAGUUUAUUCGAUAGUCAAGAUUUAUGGAUAUGUAUGGAAUAUUGUGGUGCUGGUUCAAUAGCUGAUAUUAUGCGUCUAAGAGGUAAAGCCAUUGGUGAAGAAGAAAUUGCUACUGUAUUACAUUACAGUCUAUGCGGUCUAGAUUAUUUACAUCAGAUGCGAAAAAUUCAUCGAGAUAUCAAAGCGGGUAAUAUACUACUACUCAAUUCGGGUGCUGCUAAAUUAGCCGAUUUUGGUGUGGCAGGUCAAUUGUCUGAUACUCUGGCCAAACGAAAUACCGUCAUCGGAACACCUUAUUGGAUGGCUCCUGAAGUUAUUCAAGAGAUUGGUUAUAAUUGUUCUGCAGACAUUUGGUCACUAGGUAUAACUGCUAUUGAAAUGGCCGAUGGUAAACCUCCAUUAGCUGAUAUUCAUCCUAUGCGUGCACUGUUUAUGAUCCCGAGUCAGCCUGCUCCAGCUUUACGUAAACCUAGCAAUUGGUCAUUGGAAUUUCGUGCAUUUAUUGCAGCAUGUUUGGCGAAAUCACCUGAAGCGCGUCCUACGGCAGCAGCUUUACUACAAACUGAAUUUAUCCGCAAUGCAAAACCUUGUUCAAUAUUAUUACAACUAAUUAAUGAAGCCAACGAAGCAAGAGAAAGACGUCUUUUACAGCAACAACAACAACAACAAACAUCUACGCCUGAUACACCGAUUUCCGAUGUUAAACGACGUCAUUCAGUAAUGAAUAAAACCGAUGAAAAUCAAGUUAAAUCUAAACAAAAUCAAUUAUCUCAAGAUGAUGUUGAUGAUAAUUUACAUACAAUGGUUCGUUCUAAUUCAACAUCUAGUCGAACUGUGAAUAAUAAUAUUAAUAGUAAUAAUAAUGAAUCUGGUUUGGAUAUUGAUGGUGCGGCAACUUUAGUUUCAUUAUGCUCAAACGAAGAUCGCACAAAUCAUCAUAAUGACGGUGAUGAUGAUGAUGAAGAGGAUGACAAUGGCAGUUUUAUACGUCAUCACGAUGAUGAAACAAAUGUCAAUAAUCUUGACACAAUGGUUGUCAAUGAUGGCGGGGAAAGUGAAGAUGAUAGUGGUUCUGUUGUGGUACAUGAUACAACUGGUGGUUCGUCAGAUGGAUUAGAUGAUGCAGAACGCGAUCAACGUGAAGCUUUCGAAUUGUUAGACGCUGCUCUCCCACCGGCUGUGGCUACUGAAGGUACACUAACUAGGAGAAUUGAUAAGGCCGUAAAAAUGGUAAAUAAUGUCGGCUCUGAACAACAAUCAAAUGAUAUAAAUAAUGAUAUGAAUAUAGUCGGUAAUAUUGGUCAUGCUCCACCAUUUAUACAAAGACCAUUUGCACCAUUUUCUCGUGCUAUACAACAAUCUAAUCUUUAUACAACAAAUGGAUUAACUAAUGAACCAGGUGCUUUAAGUCGUUUAUCUUAUACAGAAUUAGAACAAUUACUUAUCUCAUUAACAAAUGAUUUAGAAACUGAAUUAAGAAAUUUAGCAGUUCGUUAUCGUCAUAAACGUCAACCAUUAUUAGAUGCAAUUGCAGAGAAAACAGCACAAGCAUCAAUAAAAACAACAAAUACUAUCAAUAAUGAUAUAACAUCAAAAUCUAAUCCAAUUUCUCAAUGUUGAUAGUUACUUUUUUUCUAUUAAAUGACUUUCAUUAUUAUUUAUUUAUUUAUUUUUUAUGGCAUGGUAACCAUUCAUAACCUUACAACUUGGACCGAUGCAUAUAUGUGCCUGGUCCUACAUUGCAUCUGACUGACUGACUGACCACUUAUUUCUCCCUUCCUCCUUUUUUUGUUGUUAGUUAUGAUUAUCAAUUAUUUAUUCCCCUUUUUGUCCUUCAAUGAAUUUGUGCUCAUUGUGAACUAUUGAUAGAAGAUAGGAAAUGUGUUAUUUCUUAGUUAAUUUUCAUCAUUAUCAUCAUCUCAUGCUUAGUUUAUAUUUGUUUUCUAUUGACAACUGUAUAUUAACCUUGUAUAUUUACAUGAAUAUAUAUAUAUAUAUAUACUUCAAUAAUUGGAA